AUGAUUUUAUUACCCGUUCUCUUUCUUUCAACUGUAGCAGCAGGAUUCACAUCAACGGAACACUACAAUAAGCUUCUUAAUACCCACGAUAAUCGGCAUAUAUUCGCACAAUUACAAUAUUCAGAGAAAGCCUUCUUCGAUGCUGAAUCGAACAUCGUUGGCACUCUAAAUUUUGUCAAGCAUCAUCAAUUCCAGAGCCAGCCAUACGUUGCAAAUGGUUACAUAGGAGCUCGGAUCCCCAAUCUAGGUCAUGGUUUCGCCUAUGAUCUGCUGUCAAAUACUACUCAAUCAAGUCCAGAAGACCUUAAUAAUGGGUGGCCGCUAUUCAAUCGCAGGUACUCUGGGGCUUUUGUUGCAGGCUUCUACAAUUUGCAACAAGAAACCAAAGGCAGCAAUUUUCCGUGGCUUUCUCAAUAUGGUCUCGACAGUACAAUUUCAUCCAUUCCUCAGUGGACAACUUUGAGUAUCAAAUCCGCUGAUGAUCAUGAGUUGGACCCUGCCUUGCCUUCUGAGGCAUGGGGCAAAGUUUCAAACUAUUCACAAACACUUUCUUUUGAGGAUGGCAUUGUUUCUACACUGUAUGUAUGGAUGGACAGUCUUCAUCUCAGAUACAAUGUGAGUGCAAACAAAGAGCACAUCAACGUGGGAACUGUGACAUUGGAGAUUUUCAAUCCAAGCGAAGAGGCAACAUACAUGACCAUAACUGAUGUAUUGGACUUCGAAACCUCCCAUGACUGUAAGCUUCAUUCCCUCGGAUCUGUAAAAGACGGAAUAUUCAUAAUGUUUUCGCCCGUGAAUGUUAAGAAUGUGUAUGGAGCUAUUUCAUCAAGGCUUUCCACCCUGGCCAACCACACAUCUGACACUGAAUCUGACUCUGCAUCUUUUAUGAAAAUUAAAAACAAUUUGAGAGUCGAUAUUGGGCCAAAGGAAUCCAUUUUAGUGCGCAAAACCGUCGGAAUUGUGACUUCAGACCUUGACCCAUUGAAAUACACCCUGGCAAACUCAGUGUUGGGUGCAGCAACACAAGCUGCCACAAAGCAUACGCAUGAAAACCUUGUCACAAGCAACAAGAAAAGAUGGGAUUUUAAUCUCGGGCGCUCAUUGAAAGUACACUUUCCCGAUGAUGCACUCUUGACCCUUGCCGCCAGAUCAUCCCUAUACCACCUACAUUCGAACACACGCCACGAUGCAGAAGGUCUUACUUCUGCGUUAGGUGUUUCCGGCUUAUCUUCUGAUUCAUACGGAGGACAGGUGUUUUGGGAUACUGACCUUUGGAUGCUGCUGGGAAUUCUUCCCUUUGAUCCUCAAAUCUCCAAAUCUCUACUCAACUACAGAUUGCACACCCAUCAACAAGCUAUAGCAAAUAUUCAAAGUCCUUCCAACCCUUUUUCAUUGUCGCAUGGAGCUAUUUAUCCCUGGACAAGUGGACGUUAUGGGAAUUGUACAGCAACAGGUCCAUGCUUCGAUUAUGAGUAUCAUGUCAAUACUGCAAUUGCUCAUUCAGCGUUCAACUUGUAUUUAUCCGGGGCAGUUGAUGAGAAAUAUUUGAGGGACGAAAUCUUUCCUUUAGUCAAUGAUGCUGCACAAUUCUAUUCAACUUACGUCGUGUUCAAUGACACGCUUGGGAAAUAUACCAGUCAUAAUUUGACAGACCCAGAUGAAUUUGCAAAUCAUAUUGACAAUGGAGCAUACACAAAUGUUGCCAUUUCGAAUACAAUCGAGUGGGCUGCGAUAAUCGCUGAGCAUUUGGACAUGGAGGUCCCACCUAUCUAUCGGCACAUCCCGGGCAAUAUGCAUAUCCCGACCUCACCAGAUGAUGAUCGUGUAAUCCUUGAGUACUCUGGAAUGCCUGCGUCUGUAGCUGUAAAGCAAGCAGAUGUCGUCAUGAUGACAUAUCCACUUAACUAUGAUUACGACUCAGAAGCUCAAGCACAAGCCAAUCUCGACUACUAUGCUAUGGAACAGGUGAGCACAGGACCAGCAAUGACUUUUCCAAUCUUUUCAAUUGUUGCUUCCGAAACUCUUGAUAGUGGGUGUUCGUCGGAGUCAUUUUUGAUGAAGUCGGUGCAACCGUACCUUCGCGGACCAUUUGCUCAAUUUCUGGAACAAAGCAACGACAAUUUCGAGUCUAAUGGGGGCACAAAUCCAGCCUUCCCAUUUUUGACAGCCAACGGAGGUUUUCUACAGGCUAUUCUUCGAGGACUUCUCGGCAUGAGGUAUGGCCAUGAAAGCGUAAACGGAAAACUCCGCCGGUUUUUGCAAUUCAAAGCACAUGAGUUGUCAAGUAUACCCAAAGGUGUUUUUAUACCAGAGAUUGUCUACAUGAAUCAAACUCUAGCUUUGAAUCUUUCAUCUAAAGCAUUGACGAUAACGAACACAGGGUCAAUUGAUGAUUCUAAUGAUUCGCUGGGGAUCAUAGAUUUAAAGGUGUUCACCGGACCUAAUGAGUUUGUAAAAACUAACUUGAAACCGCAUGAAACAAAAAAAUUCGAACUACUCUCACGAAAGAAGGCAAGAGUUCAUAGCUUGACGGAGUGUGGAUGCGCUGCGUUCACCAAUAUCAAUGCCGGAAAAGCUGGCGAUGUCACACUCCUGAUGCAUGAUGGCAGCAACAGCACAAGAUGGAAGGCCGGUCAAAGUUCAACGUCUAAGAUUUUGAUUGAUUUGAAGCAGAAGAAGAAAGUGAAGGCAGGACUCAUCAAUUGGGGAUCCUUGCCCCCGAAGACAUUGAAGAUUCACAGCGAGAAGGCCAAAACAGAUGUGACAUAUUCGAAGUUUAACAACAGUCUUGAUCUUUUGGCGGAAGUUUCAUUUGGCUCGAAUUCAGGGAACAAGUCUUGGAAACAAGGAGAUAUGUUCAAUAAGAUUUUGGAAAAAUCCGUUGAGAUCAACGCACCUUACAAUGAAACAGAGUAUCUACAGAUUAAGCCUGUCAACAGGCACAAUACCACGGAGUUUGUGCUUCCGUCAGAUACCGCUACCCGCUUUCUCAUCGUUGAAAUAAACGGUUUGCACGACGAGAAUGUUGAGGGGGGUGCCGAGAUCUACUCAAUUGAUUUGUUCUAG